CUGAACGCACGUUGCUGCUGCUCGUUUAUUUGCACUCUGAAAGUUUCACUUAGCUCGUCAAGAAAUAAGUAUAUUUUGUUGGUUGUUUAAUUUUUUCCUGGUUGUCGUUGCAAAUCCUUCGUAAGAGCAAUGGAAUCCAUGUCACAGUCGCACAUCCCUAUAUCCACACCGGGCAGCUUGCCACCGCGGCCGUCAGAUCCAGCAGCGGGCGAUUCGCUUUCUGUUCUGCCGCCCAAGAAGCUUUUUCUUAAAAGAUCCGCAAGCGAGCAGGAGCGGCCGAAGCAACCCCGCAAAGCCAGGAAGUUGAACACAGAAUCGAGCAUGAGUGGUGCAACGGUGCAGCGCACUCCAGCGGAUUUGGCGAAAUUGCUCCUGGGUGAAGUCCGUCCGAGAUCGUGCUCUGCAGAGGCUGGUAACUGCUGCAUUUGCCAUUCUCCGACGGAUGCAGAGAGCGAUCGUGUUUUUAUGUGCCACUGGCUGGGAUGUACCGUAAAGCCGUUCAAAAUCCGACAUCAGUUGACUGACCAUGUGAACAGCCACAAUGGAAUUAAGUCACAUUCCUGUCGGAGGUGCGGUGAUAGAUUCACACAUAGUGGAACCCGCAGCCGCCACGAAAAAUCCUGUAAAGGACAUCGCUGACCACAACCCUUGGCCGUAUAACCAUGCUCUAAACGCUGUUUUGUUUUUUAACGUCUGUUUACCAAUGUUUCGCCCUAGAGCCCGCUCUGGCCGGAUGUUACAUUUAUUGU